AUGUCUGAAAUUGGCCCUGAUGUCUCGGAUGGGACUAAAGAAACCGCCCUGGAAACACAGACUAUCCAUGUUGCCAUGGCAGAAGGAGAGGAGGAGAUAGCUCGAGAUGCGAGCAUCAGAAGCAAGAGCCACGACGCAAACAAUGCUGUCAUCAGAAGCAGAAGUGGCGAGACAAGGGCAGCACCCGAUGAACACGAGUCCGAGAAGGAUCAUUUAGCACCUGCUCGGCGAAAAAAUGCCAGACGGAAGACAAUGGAACCACCCAAAUCAAGGAAGUCUCCAAUGGAGGGAAAGAAAUCACCUGAAGAGCAGGAGGAAGCGAAAUCAAGACAUUCAAGCCGGCGCAGCAAGACGGAUGCAGACUUGUCAAGGACUAUCCAUGUUGCCAUGGCGGAAGGAGAGGAGGAGAUAGCUCGAGAUGCGAGCAUCAGAAGCAAGAGCCACGACGCAAACAAUGCUGUCAUCAGAAGCAGAAGUGGCGAGACAAGGGCAGCACCCGAUGAACACGAGUCCGAGAAGGAUCAUUUAGCACCUGCUCGGCGAAAAAAUGCCAGACGGAAGACAAUGGAACCACCCAAAUCAAGGAAGUCUCCAAUGGAGGGAAAGAAAUCACCUGAAGAGCAGGAGGAAGCGAAAUCAAGACAUUCAAGCCGGCGCAGCAAGACGGAUGCAGACUUGUCAAGGACUAUCCAUGUUGCCAUGGCGGAAGGAGAGGAGGAGAUAGCUCGAGAUGCGAGCAUCAGAAGCAAGAGCCACGACGCAAACAAUGCUGUCAUCAGAAGCAGAAGUGGCGAGACAAGGACUCUCCAUGUUGCCAUGGCGGAAGGAGAGGAGGAGAUAGCUCGAGAUGCGAGCAUCAGAAGCAAGAGCCACGACGCAAACAAUGCUGUCAUCAGAAGCAGAAGUGGCGAGACAAGGAUGGCAAAGGACGGCAUGGAUCCGGAGGAGGAUCAUGUGCCCCCUCUCCGCAAGAACAUAGUCAGACGGAAGACGACAGAGGCUUCUGCUUCGCGAACAAGGUUAUCUCCCAUGGAAGGAAGGGCUUCAGCUUCUCCUUUCUCUGAUGAGGACUUUGGGCAUGCUUGUGCACAAAAGAAGCAAAAGACGUGGCCGAUCCUUUGUUCUGGCUCAAGCGGGAUCGCAGAGUUUUCGAUUGCCACCAGUCCACCAGCUCCCAUGGCGGAAGUGCCGGCUGACGAGGUGCCAGCGGCAGAGAAGGAAGAGCUCUUCUGCACCUAUGCGGCCAUGAUUUUGAAGGAUAGCGAGCUCGAGAUCUCCGAAGAGCACAUCAACAAAUUGAUCAAAGCUGCUGGAGGCUCUACCAGCAGCUUCUUCCCAGCCCUUUUUGCAAAGCUUUGUGCUGGCAAGGACUUGGAGAGCAUGCUGAAGUUUGGUGGUGGCGGCGGCGGCGGUGGUGGUGGUGCCGUUGCUGGUGGAGGAGGUGGCGGCGCAGCACCCGCGGCUGAAAAGAAGGAGGAGAAGAAGGUGGUCGAGGAAGAAGAGGCGAAGAAAAGUCGCAAGCACAGGAAAGAAAAAGAACAUAAAGAGGAAAAGGCUGACACACCCACGCCGGAACCACCAAAACGAGAUCUGGAGCUUAUCAGGAAGGCUUUUAGCUCAGCCCGCAGAGCAAUAAUGAUGAGGACGGCCAUGAAGACCCCCCCGACGCACCGUGACGCCAUCCGCUUGGGCGUCCAAGCCCUGGGACGGGCCGCUGGCAUGGUGAUACGGACACGCCGCACCAAGGCCAUUCACAUCAUGAGGAUCUUUGUGGCUGCAAAACGCCGGCACGACUUUGUCAAGGAGCAGCAGCAGUACAACCCUGAGAUUGAGAUGGAUGAGAUCAUGGAGGAACAUGUGACGAACAUCUUCUGGCAAUGUGUGCAGUUGAAGAUCGACAACUAUGACAAGAUGGUCCCAGAGUUGCUGAAAGCCUUUGCGGAGCCUGGCACCGGAAUCGCAGAGUCGAUGCUGGAUUUUCGUCGUGUGCUGGAAGAUCAGCUCAGGCACCUGGAAGCGGAGAUUGACUAUGCAGUUGAGAGUGGAGACUACGAAGCAACAAAUACCUCCAGUGCUAAGAAGAAAGAACUUCGUAAGGUUGUGGAGAGCGCCGUGGAACAAGCCUCUCACAUUCGGUCUUUAGUGAUUUACGCACGGACCCUUUCCAGAAUGAGUCGAAAGCAAAAUCUCGCGCAUGAAGAUGACGUGCAGUCCCUUUUGGCAAAGAUCCAAGGCCUGGAUGUUUCCAAAAAACUCAUGAGAAAGUUGACCGACAGUGAGGAUUUUCCGAAUUCUCCGAUUCAGCGGCCUCGUCGUCGUCGACGCCGGGCUGGAGCGACUGGAGCGACUGGAACGUCUGAAGCGUCUGGAGCGGAUGAGACAGGGGAAAACAAGAUAGGCAACGACAAAGAUCCUGACCCUGAAAUCGGCAGCGAAAGCAGUGAGAGCAGUGAGAGCAGCGAGAGCAGUGAGUCCCAAAGUGAUUCAGGGAUCGAAGAAACUCAACACAUAGAAGUCAUAGAAGAGAUAGACGAGGAGAAUCACAGCCAUGACAGCCAUGACAAUUUUGAUGACCCUGACGACCCUCAGAAACCGAUGGUCGCUGUGACCUUCGAGGAGACAGAGCUUGAGCCGCGUGAUGAUGUCGUGGCUGAGGAUUUUGCAUCCGCAGAUCUCUUAAAUCUUCCACCACUUCCACCACCUGAAGAGUUGGAGAGCUCCAACAAUCCUUCAAACCUGGAGGAUGCAGAAACAGGAUUUUCAACCUCGGGCUUCCUUGGUCUAUCAGAGGGCAGCCGGACCUUCAGUGGAAAGCUAAGCCUGGGACCAAACUGGUCCCGUCUCCAGUCCUUCAUCAGCGAGGCUGAGAACGAGCCAUUGGAUCUUGAGGCUAUGGCAUCAGAGCCCUCUUCUGUCUUCAAACGCUUUGACUACACUGAAGAUUGGGAAGAGCAGAUCCAAAAGUAUAUAGAACUGGUGCAAAGCUGGGAGGUUGAGGAAGUUACCGUCCAGGACAAUCGAGGUCUGGUGCUAACAUUCCCUGGUGAUGUUGGGAACGUCAGUCCAUCAGACUUUCCGCUCAUCGUUCGAUACGAGGAUCCUGCAAAGGCGAUGGCUGCAAGUGGAGGUAGAAGUAAGGGAUUGCCGAGGGAGCCAGAGGGUUCAAGACGUCGUGCCAGCGCGGCUUUCACUUGGGCUGCGUGGGAGGAAGAUGAACCUGCAGUUCCGGAGCGAAGGACGCAAACUCCCAAGAUGAAGUCGCCUGAAUCGAGUCAUUCUGAGAACUGGGAUCAACUGGCAGCUUUAAUGGAUCAUGCCGACGUACCUUUGGCAUCGGCCGAAGGUAGCCCUGAGCCACCUGGAAGCAGUCCUCUUGCUGCAAGCACCCCUCAAUCUCCUGGCAGUGAAGAAAGGAGCCUGUCAAACACCCUCGGGAGUAUGCAUUGGCUGGAGGACUCGGUUUUGCCUCGAAAAGUGAAAUUGAAUCUUCGGAAACUGCGCUAUGAUCCUGGUGCUCAGGUUAAAACCUUGCCGCCUGCUUCCGUUGAAAUGAGGUCUACGAUGUUUCCGGCCUCGCCAAAGAUUGCUAAGGCCGAUGGAGAGGAGUCUGUGCUUGGAGCUCUACGACGUGUUCGGAAGAAGAGAUUCAACUUCCCGGAUGCUGAUGAGGUGAAGAGCAUGAGAGGGUGGCACGAGUCGGAGGAGAGAGUUAAGAGCUCAUGGCGAGAGCAUUCGCUUUCCGCUCCAGUGCCAUUCCUGGACCUGGUGCCAGUGAUUGGUGGAGAGGCCUGCGGAGGGCGAAAUCGUGCUGCAAAUAUGCCGUUUGGACACAUCACCAAGCCUCGCUUUCACUACACCGAGUUUGAAGAAAGUCGUCACCAGAUUCAGGACCCUCAGGCGAGUUGCACUCUGUCCCCUAUACAUGGUGCAGUUGCCACGGACACUGCUCCACCAAACUGA